UGCCACUUAUUUUUAUAAAGUCAUUCAUCUAAAUUUGGAUUUUGUCUUUAAAUUUCCACUUCUCUCGCAGUGCCAGACUCUGUUAAUCCCAAUUCCACCAUCCCUUCAAGCCCCAUUCUGUCCUUGAACCUGCCUGUACCCUCUGCUGCCACCACCAGCAAUGGCAAGCGUAGCCCUUGUAAUUCCCUACAACAUCAGUUACACCCAUUACAGCAGCCCAGUCCCCGAUAUGUGCCCAGAGAGGUUCCUCCACGCUUCCGACAGCAGGAGCAGAGGCAACUACUGAAGAGGGGUCAACCUUUACCUACAGGCACUCUGAACCCAACGUCUGCUUGCACUCAGUCCGGUGUCAUCUCCCCUCCCGAGACACCCACCAGCAAACGGCACACGGGACUUCCUCAUCAAAGUGGACUGGGAGCCCAGCAUGAGAAUUGUCUUUGGAGCAUCCCAAUCAGCAGAAGCAACAGCAGCAACCGUGAUAAAGUGAUUAUUAACUGUAACGACACCGACACUUGGCCUUCCAAUAGAUACGGCAACAGCCAACAGACACCAGAAUGCACCUUGAACACUGAACGCACAUCACAGGUCGUCAGCAACAGUAGCAGCACUAUUAUGGCUACAGGAGCUAGCCAGCAGGGUCAUUACCCAUUUAGCAAAGCCAGCAUUAAUCUCUCUUCUAGUAUGGUCUCUAGUCAAAGUGGCCCUACCAGGGGCUGGGUCUCAGAGGGAAAGAUUGACUUGUCCAUGGGCAGUAGAGGGCAGUCCAACUGGGGUGCCUCUAAUCUUAACUUAAAUCCCAGUGCUAACCCUGCUGCUUGGCCAGCACUUGGACAUGAGGGUCCUGGGGGCCCUAGUAGCAUGGUUUGCUCAAAUCCACUUUCGCUCAGUAUGUGUGGCCAAGGAGGAGUGGCACCACCUCAUGGCACCAAUGGAAAUGGUAGCAUUGGUUCAAUGGAAAUUGGAAACCUGGUAGGUGACUGUGCAUGGGGCAACCCGGAUGUCCCAGAACAGCAUCAGUCACCCACAAAUGUAUCUUUCAACAUGAAACCUCCUAACCUUACAAGUGAUGGACCAAAUAACACUAAACCAGAGCCAAUGAGUCCAGUAAACAGCUGGAGAGGAAACCUCAGUCAGUCACCUACUGAGCCUGCCAGUGAAGAUGGAACUGCCUUCUGGGGCAACGGCAAUGCCAAAAAUGCAGAAUCAAAGGAUGCAGCCUGGGAUUCUGCAGGCGUUUCCUCUUGGGGGCAGGGAGGAGGUAGCAGUGGUGUAGGCUGGGGUGACUGGGGCAAACAACCAAGCACUGAAGGUACAGGAUGGGAUGUGAAUGAUGGUCCUUCCCAUGACCAUAUGAGUUCCUGGGGCCCUGAUACUCCAGCAAGUGAGGGCAGCAGGGACAGUAGUGAGGGCCACCCACGAAGAAGAGAAAGGUCCUCAAGUGAUGAUUUAGCCCCUUUGCUCCCAAGACAGGACUUGGACCCACGUGUCCUCUGCAACACAGGCUGGGGACAGACUCCAGUUCGCCAACACACUGUUUGGGAAAUGGAAGAAAGUCCAGACAAAAAGAGUGGUGCAGAGACUGAUGUCUGGGGUUCUUCCUCCAACACACCUUCAUCUGGACCUGUACCACCUCCUCCAGGAUGUGCCAGUCCCAACCUCAGUGUACCUCAUAGAAUGGAGACAAGCAAGAGCGAGGGAUCUUGCAGAGCCAUACCAAAUGCAGGCUGGGGAGGAUCAGUCUCAGCCUCUUCUCAGCAUAACAGUGGAUGGGGGGAACCUCCUGCAAAUAAAAAGGUUCCCAAUGGAUCCCAGGGUAGCUGGGGUGAUCCUGUUGCUGAAGGUCCCAAUAGCAAUGGUUCUAAUGGCCAAUCCUGGGCUGAGGAAAAGUCCCCUAGCUGGAAUGAUGGUACUUCUCAGAAGAAAACACAAGGUUGGGGUGAUGGAACCAAAACUUCCUCAGGCUGGGGAAGUAGUGGGAGUGGGAAUAGUGGAGAGUGGGGUGACCCUUCAGAAAUGCGAAAGAAUGGGUCUGGAAGUUCCUGCUGGGAUCCUGACAACAGAAACUGGAAAGAAACACAGAGAGGAUGGGGUAAAGCAGCACCAGCACAGGGUGGUAGUUGGGGUGAUGCUCAACAUUCCAAUGGUUCAGCCCAAGGUUGGGGUGGAAAACUUCAGGAAUCCACAUGUGGCAACGGUGGAGCUGGAGGAAUAGGAUCAUGGGGAAGCCCAAAUUCUGUGAAACAGAGCAACUCUGGCUGGGCAUCAGGAGGGCGACAGGAGCUGGGGGAUGAGGCCACCGGCUGGGAAGAACCAUCUCCUUCUUCUAUUCGUCGCAAAAUGGAAAUUGAUGAUGGGACCUCCACCUGGGGGGACCCCAGUGCGUACAGCAAGAGUGUAAACAUGUGGGACAGGAAUAACUCUCAAAAUAAUCCAGGAACCAGCAACAGUGGCAACAAUAAUAGCCUCACUGGGCCAAACAACAAUAGCAAGCCUCACCAACACCACAGCCAAGGUCCCACUCAGAACCAUGUCAGUGGUAGCAACAACAAUGGUUCACCCAAUCAAGGUGAAUCUCCUCUCAACAGAAUGCCCGGGGUGAACCCAGGCUGGGGAGAGCCUAGUAAUGUACAGCCAAACUCCGAACCCUCUUCAUGGGGCGAGCCAGCCAAUUCUAACUCUUCUGUGGACAAUGGAACUUCAACUUGGGGCCAGCACUCCAGGGGCUGUGGGGGAUGGGGUGAAGGUGGCCAUGACUCCAGUGGACCUUAUGGCAGAGGAAAUGCACCUGCUGGAUCCGGCUCCUGUCAGGAAGGUCCAAAAUCUAUGCAAGAUGGAUGGGGAUCAGGAGGGGAAGAGCUUGGCAUGAACACUAGCCAAUGGGAUGCUGAUGAUGGUGACAUGUGGAAUAGUCCUACAUCCCAAGAUACCUCGUGUAACUCCUGGAGUCAAUCCAAGAAGGGCCCACAAAGGGGCAAGGUCUUCAACAGGCAGGAUGAUGUUUGGAUUAUGACCAGACUUAUCAAGCAGCUUACAGAUAUGGGUUUUCCAAAGGAUCCUGCAGAAGAAGCCCUAAAGAGCAACAAUAUGAAUCUGGAUCAGGCCAUGAGUGCUUUGUUGGAGAAGAAAACUGAACUGGACAAACGGGGGAUGGGCAUGUCAGACUACAGUAAUGGGAUGAAUAAACCCAUUGUGUGCCGACCCACAAACCUCUCCAAAGACCCCUCACUGGAUCGUGCCCCCUUCCUAGACAAGGAUGGUAGGCUGUCAGAUGAUGCUUCAACCUCACAGUUUAUGCCUUCUCCUGGCCUCAAGCUCCCAUUGGCCAAUAGCAGCCUCCCUAGCAACGGAUUGGGUGGGGUCUCCUCUGGCCUGUCCAUGCAAAACUUGAACAACAGACAGAUGCAGAAUGGAAUGUUUGGCACUAACGGAGCAGCACAAACUCGGGUCAUGCAACAGCAGGCCCCGCCCCCUCAACCACCAGUGCCACCUCUUAGCUCCGCCCAGCCUACUCUACGUGCUCAAGUGCCUCAGCUUCUCAACCCUCAGGUUCAAGCACAGCUCUUACAGUUUGCGGCAAAAAACAUUGGACUUAAUCCUGCACUUUUAACCUCACCAAUAAAUCCUCAACAAAUGACCCUGCUGUACCAACUACAACAACUGCAGGUGGCUUAUCAGCGUUUGCAAAUUCAGCAGCAAAUGAUGCAGGCUCAGCGUAAUGUCUCUGGUCCCAUCAAACAACAAGAGCAGCAAGUUGCACGUACAAUCACAAACAUGCAGCAGCAGAUCCAGCAGCACCAGCGUCAGCUGGCCCAGGCCCUGCUUAUGAAACAGCAGCAGCCUCCACCUUCCUCUCACACUGGCCUGCACCCACAUCUUGGCAAGGCAAGCUUGGAUACUUUCACAGGUCAUCCUCACACUUCAUGCCUCUCCGUCUCAGACCUGCAGACCAAAGAGCAGCAGACUUCUCCAAACUCCUUCAGCCCUUAUACACUCUCUGGUUUGAACCCGAACAUGAAUGUAAACUGUAUGGAGGUGAGAAGUCUAUCUCUCAAAGACCCCCCUCAGUCUCAAUCCCGGCUCUCGCAGUGGACUCAUUCAAACUCCAUAGAUUCCCUGUCAGCUAGCGCUCAGCACUUGGAAGCAAACCUCAAUAAGCAUGGUUCAAUCUCUUCUGCUCAGUCCCAUGUUCCUGUCGGAAAGAGCACCAUGGAAGAUUCCUUCAGCCCAUACAAUUUGAUGUCAAGCUCCGAAUCCCCCACCAGCACCUUGGUGUCUCCAGAGAGCUGGACACAAGGCAAAAGUCACAAUGAGAAAAUGUCUAAUAACUCCAAUAUCAACUGGCCUCCUGAAUUCUGCCCUGGGGUGCCAUGGAAAGGUCUGCAGAACAUUGACCCUGAGAAUGACCCCAACAUGACCCCGGGAAGUGUUCCAAGUGGCCCCACCAUUAACACUAACAUACAGGAUGUGAAUCGCUACCUGUUACGUGACAGGACUGGGGCCUUGUCCCCAUCUCCGUUUGGGACUGUGUCUUCUUCGAGUGAAUGGUCAGUCAGUGCCUGUAACUCAUUCAGUCUGUCCCCUCAGAACGAGAGGGAUGCUAACAGUCCAGGAAAACUCUUGGAAAUGAAGUCUACCUGGUCCCCUGGACCCAUCUCCCACACACAGGCCUCUUUAUCUCAUGAGUUAUGGAAGGGUUCUCCAGGGACACGUAACUCCUGUGCUCCCUCACGCCCCCCUCCAGGCCUGACCAACACCAAGCCCUCCUCCACCUGGGGAGGAAACUCUCUUGGCCUCAGCCAGGGCUGGACCAGCUCUUACUCCUCAGAAGGGGGAACUUGGAGCUCUGACAGUCCCAACAGAGGAAGCAGCUGGCUGGUGCUGAGAAACCUCACUCCUCAGAUUGACGGCUCCACCCUGCGGACUCUGUGCAUGCAGCACGGCCCUCUCAUUACCUUCCAUCUGAACCUGACGCAGGGCAAUGCUGUUGUACGUUAUAGCUCCAAGGAGGAGACUGCCAAAGCCCAAAAAUCCCUGCACAUGUGUGUGCUGGGUAACACUACCAUCCUGGCAGAGUUUGCCGGUGAGGACGAUGUGAACCGCUUCUUUGCACAGGGCCAGUCCCUUACCCCCACCACUAGCUGGCAGGCCAGCCAAGCACCAGGCUCCAAUCAACCCCGGCUGUGCAACCCUGCUGCAAGCCACCCCACAGGCCUCUGGAGCGGGGGUGGAGGAGGUACCAAGACAGUCUGCAGUACCGGGAACAGCAGCAGUGGAAACGGAGGCGACCUGCUGUGGGGAGGUGUGCCACAGUACUCCAGUUUGUGGGCUCCCCCAAAUGGAGAUGACCCCAGGGUAAUUGGCAGCCCCAUCCCAAUUAACACUCUGCUCCCGGGAGACCUGCUGAGCGGAGAGAGCAUGUAGGACGUAUCGGACAUCAUAAACCAACAAAGUCAAAAGACCUAAUGGAUCAAAACCCAAGCAAAUCAAUGUGGCGAUAAUCAUUUUUUGUGGAGCUGUAAUGGAGGUUUAGGGUGAAACAAAGCUGAAAACCUCCCAAUGCUGUUUAUUUGUCCUCUGGUUUUUACGUCAGACUCUCUGUUGUGUUCGUGGAUCUUGUUCGUAGUGUUCAAAGACCUUUGAAAGCAAGAAUCAGUAGAAGCAGAAGCCUUUUAAUGUUUUUUUUUUUUUUUUUUAACAAAGGUUUUUUUUUUCUCAGAAGUGUUGUUCAGGAGAAGCCAUCAACGAGGCAGCCAUCUGAAAGCGACCCAGGCACAGUGAGACCUCAUGACACCUUUCCCUAUAACGACAGUUCUGAUGAUUGGAAUGAUCCUGGUACUUUUUUGGUUUUCAAUUUUGCAUAGUUUCUUCAGAACUUAUAUUAGCCGUAAGUGCUCUCUCUCCAAGUCCUCCUUGAAACAUUAAUUUUAUAAAACCAACAAAAAAAAAACAAAAAAAAAAAACUUUGUAUCUUGCACAGUUCUGUUUCUGAGCCAGCGAAUAGGCCAGAGCAAAUUAGAAGAACACUCCUAGCAGUGGCCUGUCAGCAUGACUAAUCACCAAUGAUCUUUUUUCUUUAAUUCUUUUAGUUUUACAAAAGGGAGCUACACUGCUCUUUGAUUUCUAUUUACUCAUGCCAGUUUGUUUUUACAAAAAUAUGUGUAUGGUUUAAAAAAUAAUAAUAAUAAGCUGAAUGUUAAGCUUUGAUGUAGAUGAAUGGAUGUCAGUGUGUCUGCUGGAACUUGACCAAGCAUCUGUGUGCGAGAACAUAACCACUGUUAAAAACACUCUCAGUGGAGGCUUUUUAAGUAUACCUUAUGGACUUCAGUGCUGAACCAAUCAGAAGUUAUUCAGUUACUAUGUGAAGUAUCUGGUUGGCCGUUUUUAUUGAGAUACUACCAAGAAAAGAAACUCAUUCUGAUGCAUUGUGCAAUAGAAGCCAGAGACCCUUUCUUCCGUCCACACUGAAGCUUACUGAAACUUAAGACUCCUUUUUUUUCUCUCGAAGAUUUUUGAAGAAUUUAACCUUUGAACUCAUUUUCCCAUCUUGCCUCUGUCCGUCUGUCUUGCUGGCUGAUCGGUAUUUGUGUGGAAAGGAGAAACCGUUAAUUGUGUUUGACAUCACUCCAUGCAGUUUUAAACUCGGCAUGUGUUGGAUCUCACAGUCUCCCAGCCACUUCUUCACCAAACAGAAACGGAAUCCAGAGCGGAGACACAUGGCAAGGGAGUCAGGCACAAUACCAAAUACAAUGGGUUUCUCUUAAUGCAGUACAGAAUAAGAGACCUUUGCAUUUGGUACAAACAUAAAAGACAUCUACGUUUUCUAUGUCUCUUCCUAAAGGGGUAUUAUCAUAGCACUUAUUACAGAGUUAUGCUCCUUCUGUGAAGCCAAUAAAUCAGAUAAUGGAGUGUAUAGUUAAAAAAAAAAAAAAAAAAAUACCUUCUUAUGGCAACUUUUAACUUUUUUUCCUUAGUUUUUUUACCUUACUGGUAUUCAAAAAAAAAUGCAUUUGUUUGUCGUCCAUCUCUGGUCCAGAAACUUGAGUGCAAAAAAAAAAAAUCAGAAUGAAGGGAAGAACAAAUUCUACAAUCAUACAAAACUUGCAAUGU